CCGCACGAAAUUAGGGUUGACGCACAAAGGCAAGCAUAAUUGCAGUGCCUAUGUCGUUUAGCGCUAUGCCUGGGUGGCAUCGUGCAAAGUGUUGACACCUUCACUAACGGCCUCGAGUACAGGCAGCUGGUAGCGUGCUUCUUAGCCAGCUGCCCGGUUUGCCGCUGCACGAUGGAAAGCGGCAUACAUGUUUCCCCUCUCGAGGGAGCUUUCGAGUUGAAACUCCUUACAAUUUAGGUUUGUCCUUUACCGCAAUCCUUUGCAUUCCGUAAUCGGUACAUCGUAUUCAUUCGCAUUACUCUCAAUUGCUAAGGUGCAAUAGCUAACGCAGCCUCUGCUGCAUAGUUGGCACUUGUGGCUGUCACUAAUCGUCUGCCGAUCUACACCUUAUGAGUCCCAGCACGAAUUUGUUCCCGUGCGCCAUAGCUUAUUCCCAUAUUGAUAACGCUGCGAUAACGAGUACCCUUCCAUUGAGAAGGCUUACCAGGCGCAGCUCAGAUGCAUAUACUUGUAUGAGUUCGGGCGACUAUUGACGCUUGGAGGCGUUCCCUGCUGGCGUUUCUUGGGUCGAAGGUAGCAAGCUUUAAAAAACUGUAGUGGAAAAUCGUGGCUGCUCACACUUAGCUAGUUAUGGCGCAACAUCAGGAGGCACGAAGCUAUCAGGAAAGCCAGGCGCGCAUUUGGCAGCACCUGCAGCCAGAGCUUUCCGAGCACAUCAUCAGCUUCCUGUCGCCCAACGAGAUCGCCUGCACCGUACGGCUGAUCAACAAGGCCGCAGCCGCACAGUUCGGCGGCGCUCACCUUGCUACUGUACACCUUUCGUCACCUGUGCCCACACAUGCCUUCAAGCAGCACUGGUGCCGCCCCGGAGCGAUGCGGGUUCUUACGCUCAAGCAACGGCAGCAGCUGCUGUGUCUGACGGCACGCAGUGGCAGCAUCCCCAACCUUGAGCUGGUAGUAGCCGCCACUGGGCUCUUCCCGGUCGGCUCUUGGACGAAGGAGCCUGGUCCGGUGGCCCUGGCAGCUGCCGCUGAGCAGCUGGAUGCAUAUCAGUGGCUUCUGCAGCGGGGCUACACCGCCGAUGGUGCCCUGGUAGCCGCCGCUGCAGCAGGGAAACAAGUCGUGUGCGAGGAGCUGCUGGCCAAGGGCUGCUGCUGGGACUUCAGUGCUGUGUACGCGGCUGCUCGAGGGGGCCACGUGGGGCUGAUGGAAUGGCUGCUGCACCAGCGGCCUGAGCAGGAGCUGUGGCUGCAGGGGUAUGUGGAUAGCCCUGUUGUAGAGUUAAUGGGGGCUGCCAUUCUGGGCUGCAACCUGGAAGCUGUGCACAACCUGGUAGACCUGCUCCACAGGCGCUCACAUUGCCCAGUGGGCUUCAUGGCGGAACUCGACCAGUUACAUCAACAUAUGAUUACUCGGGCUGCCACACGCAGCCUCACACCUGACUGGCAGGCCAAGGUGAUGUGGCUGGAGACGCUGGGCUUCCCAAAAUUUCGUCAUUGCCUUGAGGGUGCUGCUGGGUGCCCGGAUGCACUGGAGCGGCUGAGGUGGCUGCAUGGCAGGGGCUACCCAUUCUCAUCCUCGGUGGUCCAGACAGCGGUUGACCAUGGGAACUUGGAGGCGCUGGAGUACCUGCUGGGGGAGGCAAUUGAGGAUCUGACAUUUGGAUGUGAAAGUGCUUGUGAACGUGGCUUCCUGGCGGCUCUGACUUUCCUUCACGCACGCGGGUAUGUCUUCGAUCCGGAACAUGUGGUGCAUGCAGCAGCAGGUGGGCAGCUGGCAGUGGUGGCCUGGCUGGUGGAUGAGCUGGGAGAGGAGCUUGCAGCUGCUGAUCCAAGAGGGCCGCUGUUGAAUGCCAGGGUCUUCACGGCAGCAGCCUGUUCAGGCAACAUGGAGUUGCUGCGGUGGCUGAGGGAGCGGGGCUGCCCCUGGAAUGAAAAGACGUCCACGCAGGCGGCGGCUGCGGGUUGCGAGGAGGCGCUGGAGUGGCUGGUGGAGCAGGGCUGCCCCUGGCC